AUGGUUGCGGCGAGUCCCGGUGGCUCGAUGAAGAACUUAACCACCCAAAUCCUAACCGGAAGAUGGUUCAUGUUCUUUGCGAGUCUCUUGAUCAUGUCCACGGCUGGAGCCACUUACAUGUUCGGUAUUUACUCAGCCGAUAUCAAGAGAACCUUAGGCUACGACCAAACCACUCUUAACCUCCUCAGUUUCUUCAAAGAUCUUGGAGCCAACGUUGGAGUCCUCGCUGGUCUAAUCAACGAGGUGACUCCACCUUGGUUCGUACUAUCGAUUGGAGCCAUACUUAACUUCUUUGGUUACUUCAUGAUUUGGCUCGCCGUUACAGAACGGAUCUCGAAGCCUCAAGUUUGGCACAUGUGUCUCUACAUCUGUGUCGGAGCCAACUCGCAGUCAUUUGCUAAUACCGGAGCCCUCGUCACGUGCGUUAAGAACUUCCCGGAGUCACGUGGAACAAUCUUGGGGAUUCUCAAGGGUUAUGUUGGUCUUAGUGGCGCCAUUAUUACACAGCUCUUCCAUGCUUUUUAUGGUGACGACACCAAAUCUCUCAUCUUGUUGAUCGGUUGGUUACCGGCAGCAGUAUCGUUUGCGUUCUUGAGGACGAUAAGGUUGAUGAAAGUUGUGAGGCAAAAAGAUGAGCUAAAGGUGCUCUAUAACUUCCUAUACAUAUCUCUCGGGCUCGCUACGUUUCUCAUGGUGGUCAUUAUCAUCGACAAACUCUCCGGCUUUACAAAGAGCGAGUAUGGAGGUAGCGCAUCAGUAGUGAUCAUCUUGCUUCUUUUGCCGAUCAUGAUCGUAGUUUUGGAAGAGAGGAAGCUUUGGACGGUGAAACAAGUCGCCUUAAACGAUCCUGCACCGAUCAGAAUCGUCACCGAGAAACCCAUCUUAGAUUCAUCAUCAGAGGACCGAGACGAUGAUAAAGAGUCCAAGAAGGAUGAGGAGAAGGUGAAAACGGCGUCGUGUUGGACGACUAUGUUUAGUCCACCGGAAAGAGGAGAUGACUACACGAUCUUGCAAGCGUUGUUCAGUGUAGACAUGUUGAUAUUGUUCUUAGCGACGAUAUGUGGUGUGGGAGGGACUUUGACGGCGAUAGAUAACUUGGGACAAAUCGGAGGCUCGUUGGGUUAUCCAAAGAAAAGCGUAAGCACAUUUGUGUCACUCGUAAGCAUAUGGAAUUACUUCGGUCGUGUGGUUUCAGGUGUGGUCUCGGAGAUCUUCUUGAUCAAAUACAAAUUCCCAAGACCUCUAAUGCUCACAUUGAUCCUCCUCUUUUCGUGCGCGGGUCACCUCCUCAUCGCUUUUAAUAUCCCCGGUGGACUCUACGUAGCCUCGGUCAUCAUAGGGUUUUGUUUUGGUGCGCAAUGGCCGCUUCUAUUUGCUAUAAUCUCCGAGAUUUUUGGACUUAAGUACUACUCGACGUUGUAUAAUUUUGGCUCGGUCGCGAGCCCCAUCGGGUCCUAUUUGCUAAACGUUCGGGUCGCCGGGUAUUUGUACGACGUGGAGGCGGAAAAGCAAUAUAAGGCAUUAGGGAAAACGAGAGAGGAAGGGAGAGAUUUGAAUUGCAUAGGCACGGCUUGUUUUAAGUUGUCUUUUAUCAUUAUUACCGCGGUAACUUUGUUUGGUGCAUUGGUCUCGUUGGUUUUGGUGAUCCGGACCAAGAAGUUUUACAAGAGUGACAUCUACAAAAAGUUUAGAGAAAAAGCCUUGGCCGCCGAGAUGGAGAUGGCAGCCCCAACUCCGGCUAAAUCUACGGUGGCGGAGGAAGAGAAGGAUGAUGUUAAAGGCAAAGUAAUAGGCAAAGGAGGGUAA